UUUUUGGGGUCCUUUUUUAAAGAAAGAAGGCUCAUGGUGCAAAUUGUUAUUUCCAGUACGGGGGCUGGAGGCCUGGCAGAAUGGGUGCUGAUGGAACUACAGGGGGAGAUCGAGGCUCGCUACAGCACCGGAUUAGCUGGAAACCUCCUGGGAGACCUACAUUACACCACUGAGGGAAUCCCUGUGCUGAUCGUGGGGCAUCAUAUCCUGUAUGGGAAAAUCAUCCAUCUGGAGAAACCUUUUGCAGUACUUGUCAAACACACUCCUGGGGAGCAGGACUGUGAUGAGCUUGGUCAAGAGACUGACACCCGGUACUUGGUGACAGCACUCAUCAAAAACAAGAUCCUUUUCAAAACUCGCCCUAAGCCUAUUAUCACCAACGUCCCCAAGAAAGUAUGAAAGAACCCCGGAUUUUCCUUAGAGAGCGGCCA